CCUCCCGAGUGCUGGGAUUACAGAGGCGUGCACCACUACGCCCUGUUCCUCUUUGUGUCUCUUGGUCUCCUCCCUACUACACCCUGCAGCCCGGCUCUUAAUAAAAUCGUGGUGCGCCCCAGAGCCCUGGCAGUUGCUGAUCCGCUGCCUGGAAAUCCCGGCUGCCUCCUGCUAUUCAGGCCUCGGCUUAAAUAACAGCCAUCUAGGAAGGGUCUUUUCCAGUCUCCACAGAUCUGAAGUAGCCCUUCCUCAGAAACUUGUGUGAACUCUGGGAGCCUCAGAGUUCAUCCACUCCAGCCAUGGGACGCAGGAAGUCAAAACGGAAGCCGCCCCCCAAGAAGAAGAUGACAGGCACCCUAGAGACCCAGUUUACUUGCCCCUUCUGCAACCAUGAGAAGUCCUGCGACGUAAAAAUGGACCGCGCCCGCAACACUGGAGUCAUUUCCUGUACUGUGUGCCUCGAGGAGUUCCAGACGCCCAUCACUUAUCUGUCAGAACCCGUGGACGUGUACAGCGAUUGGAUAGACGCCUGCGAGGCAGCCAAUCAGUAGCGACGCCGAGGACCCACCCCCUUGGCAGCCCCGCCUGCCGUAGGCCCGCCCACUGGGCACCGACGCAGAGACAUUCCAGGGUCGGGGUGGGUCCAGGGCGGCCUUGGCCCCUGUGUGUCUGUGUGGUGGGUGCGAGAGUGUGUGCGCCCAUAGGCUCGGGGAGCAGCUGAGGAGUUGCCAGCCCUCGGGGUCCUGACCGGGGCUCCCUCGGCUGCUCCCUCUUCACCCCCAGCCUCCCCGGGCUUUGGGCCUCAGUUUCCCUGACGGGCUUUUUCCUGGCAUCCUCGCCGGGCAGGAGGUGGAUGCGGGACUUCUCGAGCCUUGACAGCAGUCUGCCCCUGUGCCUUGGAGUUGAAACCCUGGUGCCCCGGCUCCCUUGGCAGAGCGAGCCAGCCCCCCUGCACUAACCGGCGGCCCCAUUUCAUCUUCCGGAGGAGGGAGGGCUGGGUGGGGGAAGCUGUCGGUCCUGAGCCCCUCAAUAAAAGAGCCAGUCCAGAUUC